CAGUCGCUAAAGUAGAGGGUGCAUUUUAUAAUUUUUCCGGAGCUUUUUCGCUCACUCCUCUACACUCGUUGCUCAAAAUGGCGAUGGCGGCGGCAGCGGCGGCGGCAGCGGCGUCUCCCAACACUUUCUCCCUCCUCAAACCCCUCCGCUCAUCCUCCUCCCUCAAAACCCUAACCCUAACCCUAAUUCGCUUCCCCUCCCGAUCCCGCCCCCUCCCCGGCGUCCGAUCCCUCUUCACCGGCAUCGUCGAGGAGAUCGGCCGCGUCGAUCGCCUCGGCCCCUCCGCCGCCGCCGCCGGCGGCUUCGAGCUCCGGAUCGCCGUCGACGGCGCCUGCCUCACCGUCACCGACUUCAACCCCGCCGCCGAUAACCCUAACCCUAGCGGCGACGGGGACGGCGAGGGCGAGGGCGAGGGCGAGGGCGAGGGGGGUUACUUCACGGUGGGGCUCUCCCCCGAAACCCUGCGCCGCACCUCGCUCGGCGACCUCGGGGUCGGAUCCGCGGUGAACCUGGAGCGCGCGCUCCAGCCGAGCUCGCGCAUGGGGGGCCACAUCGUGCAGGGGCACGUCGACGGGACGGGGGAGAUCGCCGGGUUCAGGGCCGAGGGGGACUCGCUCUGGGUGCGGGUGCGGGCGCCGCGGGAGCUCCUACGGUUGAUUGUGCCGAAGGGGUUCAUCGCGGUCGACGGCACGAGCUUGACGGUGGUCGGGGUGGACGACAACGAUGGGAGCUUCGACUUCAUGCUCGUCGCGUACACGCAGCAGAAGGUCGUUAUCCCGAUGAAGAAGGUCGGAGACAAGGUCAAUUUGGAGGUGGAUAUACUCGGAAAGUAUGUGGAGAAGCUGCUGCGGGCGGGGGCCUCGACGUGAAUUCCGUGAUCACCGAGGAAGGAAUUUGGCGUUGGAGUAAUAUGAUUAUGAUCUCUACUCUUCUUUACAUUGUUUUAGUCUCUUCAGUUUAUUACAAUCUAGUCGCAAAACUAGAAUUUGUAUCUCAAUCAGGUUAUUGCAUUAAACUUACUUUCAAUUUCUAGUAGGAGAGUAGUGUGGCAAUAGAUUCGGUUGCUUUAUGGUCUUAAAAGUAUAUGAUUUUAGGCGCCGCGUCAUUGCCAUGUCAUUACGAGGAGAUAGUGCGGAGGUUGAUUCAGCAGAGACAUCAUCCUCUGUUAGGAAAUUGAAGUUUGCGGACACAAUUGCGACAAAUUGAAGUUUGCGACAUUCAUGAAACUUCACAGUAAGUUGAAUUAUCAGUGGUGUAACUUAACCUGAUGUGUGGUCGCAAAAGGUUUUUGUUGGUGCUGUUAAAUGUGCAUAA